AUGUGGGGGUGGCCGAGGCUUCCAGAACUUCUCAGCUCCACCUUAACUUCUGCAAUGCCACUCUUCUCUUUCCCUUCCUACCAUGGAGGGAAAUACUCUAACUUGGUCGGCCCAGCUGGCUGUAACUCCUCCAAAAAGAGCCCCCCCCGCCUGCCUGGUGAUAAAAUUGUACUCCCUCAAUCCGCCUUAGAGCAGCUCUUAGCUGCUGCCCCGCUCCAAGCGGUCUCCACGAACCCGCGCGUACAUACCAGCUCCUUCGACCCUUUCAACCCUCAUACAUUUGCCGCUGAAUCUAUCGCACGCCAGCAGGUCGAGCAUCGCCAGCAGCAGCUCCCCCACCCUCUGACAUUUCGCAUCGUGAACCCCGAGAAUGGACGCUUUGUGUAUGCAGGGAUCCGCGAGUUCUCCGCCGCAGAGAACGAAGUGAUAUUAAGUGCGUUGCUUAAAGAGUCGCUUGGGAUCCAGGAUACCUCAUUCCAGCCCGAAGACCUUGCGAUUAGCGACACAGACGUGGUCUACUCAGGACAGCCUUCAGACUCGAAUCCCUCCGUAACCGUGCACGCAAAACAACUGCCCAAAGGCACGUACGUCCGAUUGCGACCCCUGGAAGCUGGGUAUGAUCCUGAGGAUUGGAAGGCUUUGUUGGAACGCCAUCUUCGAGAUAACUUUACCACUCUGACGGUCAAUGAGCUGCUCACAGUCCCCGGGACUCGCAACGAGUCUUUCCGAUUCUUAGUGGAUAAACUGUAUCCGGAAGGUGACGGCAUUUGUGUGGUCGACACGGAUCUCGAGGUCGACAUCGUCGCACUAUCAGAGGAACAAGCUCGAGAGACGUUACAAAAACGGUUGGAACGGGCAACUCGCGCACCAGGCACUGCUAAUGGUAGUUCCGUCGGAGGCACUCUGACCUUGGGCGAAGAGGUAGCAUCCCAGGUUAUACCAGGAGAGUAUGUGGACUAUGAGCUCCGGGAGUGGAUUCGAGAAGACACAGUACGACUCGAGAUAGUUAGCGAUGAUCCUUCGGUUUGUCUCUUCGCGAGCCCGUUAAGCUCCCGCCAACAAGGCCGCCCUCGGACAGACAUACAUGUGUGGGGGCAGUUUCCUGGCCCGUCAACAAAGCGAAUAAUCAUUCAGCCCACAAACAUGGCUCUCGAAGGCGCAGAAGCUCUUUACAUAUCUGCCCAUGCUAGUCCCAUGUCCUUAGAAUCCGAGCCUUCUGCGGCCCCCACCCAGAACCUACCGGUACAAUACACCCUGCGAAUAUCGAAAGGCGAAUCAAAUGAAGAGCUGGAAACCGAUGAUUCUCACGAGCCCGGCGAUGUUCAGUGCCAAAAUUGCCGCCAAUGGGUACCACAGCGGACAUUGGUUCUGCACGAGAACUUCUGUCUGCGCAAUAAUAUCUUUUGCCCCCAAUGCCACAACGUCUUCCAAAAAAGAUCCCCUGAGUGGCAAAGUCACUGGCAUUGUCCCCAUGAUUCCUCGUAUGGGAAUGAUGAGCCGAGCAAGACCGUUCAUGAUUCGAUGUUCCAUACCCCCCAUGCCUGCGUCGACUGUGGAUCCCAAUUCGAAGGGCUUCCUGCUCUAGCACAUCAUCGAACUACUGACUGUCCGAAGAAACUCAUUCUAUGCCAAUUCUGUCAUCUUCUUGUGCCUCAACAGGGGGAUUCAGAUCCCGACUUGCUGGAUCCAGAAGUCAUGCUGUCCGGCCUCACUCCCCAUGAACUCGUCGAUGGGGGUCGAACUACCGAUUGCCAUCUCUGUGGCAAGAUCAUUCGACUACGAGACAUGAAAACACAUCUUCGCCAUCAUGAUCUAGAGCGAGUUUCACGUCCACCGCCCCGUAUCUGUCUGAAUCAGAACUGCGGCCGUACCCUGUCUAGUGCGAGCAAUAAAUCCCUCGGUCUAUGCAGUGUUUGCUUUGGUCCGUUAUACGUCGAUACGUACGAUCCCGAGGGCAAGGCUCUCCGGCGGCGUAUUGAGCGGCGUUAUCUGUCCCAGAUGAUGAGCGGAUGCGCGAAACCAUGGUGCCAGAACAGAUAUUGCAAAAACGGGAAGCAAAAGAAUAACCAGGCAGCUACUCCAGCUACUGGCCUAAGUGUUGCCGACAUUAUGAAAAUCACUCGACCAUUAGUGGAACCUAUCAGUGUUCAACCAGAGACCCCGAACACCGCGCCUUUCUAUUUCUGUACCGACGAACUUGGUCAGAUUCGUCGUAAUAUCGCUGAGAUGAUAUUCGCAGAUAGCGCUGUCUCCGGUAAAGGGUAUGACUUUGCCUGGUGUGUCGCUGGCGCUGAAGCAGCAGGCGGUGAUUUGGACAAGGCCAGAGAAUGGCUUGCUAAAUGGGCUCCAACGCAAGAAGAGACCGCCAAUCAGGAGAAACUAUAG